AUGUUAAAAUAUCUUGCGCAGAUACUGUCCGCCGUUUCGGUCAUCCAGGGAACAACUGCGGUGGUACCGCCGCGGGCCCCGGUUACCCCGAGAGCUACAGGUUCUCUGGAUUCAUGGCUCGCGACAGAAAGUCCAUAUGCAUUGCAAGGUGUCCUGACCAACAUUGGACCAGACGGGGCCGAUGCAUCUGGAGCGAGUUCUGGUAUUGUCAUCGCGAGUCCAAGCAAAUCGAAUCCCGAUUACUUCUAUACUUGGACUCGUGAUGCGGCAUUGACUCUGAAGUGUCUGGUUGACACCUUCAUCGCUGGCAACACUGAUCUGCAAUCCACCAUCCAGAACUACAUCAGUGCGCAAGCGUACCUGCAGACAGUGUCUAACCCCUCUGGCGACCUAUCUACCGGUGGGCUCGGGGAACCAAAGUUCAAUGUUGACGAGACUGCGUUCACCGGCUCCUGGGGUCGUCCCCAGAGAGACGGGCCCGCAUUGAGAGCAACGGCGAUGAUUGCAUAUGCAAAGUGGCUUAUUGCAAACGGCGAGACCUCACUUGCUGACUCGAUCAUAUGGCCCAUUGUUCAGAAUGAUCUGUCUUACGUGACCCAAUACUGGAACUCCACCGGAUACGAUCUCUGGGAAGAAAUCUCUGGCUCAUCAUUCUUUACCACGGCUGUCCAGCACCGCGCAUUAGUCGAAGGUAAUUCCCUGGCUGAACAGCUUGGCCACACCUGCUCCAAUUGUAUCUCGCAGGCGCCACAGGUCCUUUGUUUCCUACAGUCGUACUGGACGGGAUCCUAUGUCCUUGCCAACUUCGGCAGUAGCAGGUCCGGCAAAGAUGCGAACUCUCUCCUAGGAAGCAUCCAUACCUUCGACCCAGAUGCUGGCUGCGACGAUUCCACUUUCCAACCGUGCUCUGCGCGUGCGCUGGCCAAUCACAAAGUAGUCACGGAUUCGUUCCGGUCCGUGUACUCGAUCAAUUCGGGCAUCGCGCAAGGUCAGGCUGUAGCGGUUGGAAGGUAUCCGGAAGAUACGUACCAGGGUGGAAACCCGUGGUACCUGUGUACCUUUGCAGCUGCUGAACUACUCUACGAUGCCCUGUAUCAAUGGAAUCGCGCAGGCGAGUUGACAAUCACGGACGUGAGUCUGGCGUUCUUCCAAGAUGUUUACUCAGACGCCGCGGUCGGGACGUAUCAGUCCUCCUCUACGACGUACAGUGAUAUUGUAGCCGCCGUGAGAACAUAUGCGGACGGCUAUAUGGAUAUAGCGCAAAAAUACACCCCAUCGUCUGGAGCCCUUGCGGAACAAUUCUCCCGCUCUGACGGAACGCCCCUCUCAGCAGACGACCUGACCUGGUCAUACGCCGCCCUCCUAACAGCCGCCGCCCGACGAAACGCAACUGUGCCAGCCUCCUGGGGCGAGACAUCAGCCAGCAGCGUCCCGUCAGUCUGUUCAGCCACCUCCGCAACAGGACCCUACAGCACAGCAACCAACACCAAUUGGGGCGGCAGUACCACUGCAACGACAACAGGUUCAUGCACUACCACGCCCACCGCCGUGGCGGUGACAUUCGACGUUCUCGCGACAACUAACUACGGUGAGAACGUCUACGUAGUCGGCUCCGUGUCCGCGCUCGGAUCAUGGGACACGGAUUCGGCUGUCGCAUUGAGCGCGGACGAGUACACAAGUAGUAAUCCGCUGUGGUACGGAACUGUCACUUUGCCUGCUGGUGAGUCUAUUGAAUAUAAGUAUAUCAAAAAGGAGACAGAUGGUAGCAUCGUGUGGGAGAGCGACCCGAAUCGAGACCACGAUGUUCCUCAGAAGUGCGGGACUACUACGGCAGAAGUGGAUGAUACGUGGAGAUAA